GGCACAGAGCGAGCUCAGCUGCCCGGGCACCGGAUCGGAGCGCGGCGAGCGAGAGGGCCCCGAGCAGGACUGGAGAUGUCCUGGCCGCGCCGCCUCCUGCUCAGAUACCUGUUCCCGGCCCUCCUGCUGCACGGGCUGGGAGAGGGCUCUGCCCUCCUUCAUCCAGACAGCAGGUCCCACCCUAGGUCCUUAGAGAAAAGUGCAUGGAGGGCUUUCAAGGAGUCACAGUGCCAUCACAUGCUCAAACAUCUCCACAAUGGUGCAAGGAUCACGGUGCAGAUGCCACCUACAAUCGAGGGCCACUGGGUCUCCACAGGCUGUGAAGUAAGGUCAGGCCCAGAGUUCAUCACAAGGUCCUACAGAUUCUACCACAAUAACACCUUCAAGGCCUACCAGUUUUAUUAUGGCAGCAACCGGUGCACAAAUCCCACCUAUACUCUCAUUAUUCGGGGCAAAAUCCGCCUCCGCCAGGCCUCCUGGAUCAUCCGAGGGGGCACGGAAGCUGACUACCAGUUGCACAACGUCCAGGUGAUCUGCCACACAGAGGCGGUAGCCGAGAAGCUGGGCCAGCAGGUGAACCGCACCUGCCCAGGUUUCCUCGAAGAUGGGGGCCCCUGGGUGCAGGAUGUGGCCUACGACCUCUGGCGGGAGGAGAAUGGCUGUGAGUGCACCAAGGCUGUGAACUUUGCCAUGCAUGAGCUUCAGCUCAUCCGGGUGGAGAAGCAGUACCUUCACCACAACCUCGACCAUCUGGUUGAGGAGCUCUUCCUUGGCGACAUUCACACCGAUGCCACCCAGAGGAUGUUCUACCGGCCGUCCAGUUACCAGCCCCCACUGCAGAAUGCCAAGAACCACGACCAUGCCUGCAUCGCCUGUCGGAUCAUCUAUCGGUCAGACGAGCACCACCCUCCCAUCCUGCCCCCGAAGGCGGACCUGACCAUUGGUCUGCACGGGGAGUGGGUGAGCCAGCGCUGCGAGGUGCGCCCCGAAGUCCUCUUCCUCACCCGCCACUUCAUCUUCCACGACAACAACAACACCUGGGAGGGCCACUACUACCACUACUCAGACCCGGUGUGCAAGCACCCCACCUUCUCCAUCUACGCCCGGGGCCGCUACAGCCGCGGCGUCCUCUCCUCCAGGGUCAUGGGAGGCACUGAGUUUGUUUUCAAAGUGAAUCACAUGAAGGUCACCCCCAUGGAUGCGGCCACAGCCUCACUGCUCAACGUCUUCAACGGGAAUGAGUGCGGGGCCGAGGGCUCCUGGCAGGUGGGCAUCCAGCAGGAUGUGACCCACACCAAUGGCUGCGUGGCCUUGGGAAUCAAACUACCUCACACGGAGUACGAGAUCUUCAAAAUGGAGCAGGAUGCCCGGGGGCGCUAUCUGCUGUUCAAUGGCCAGAGGCCCAGCGACGGGUCCAGCCCAGACAGGCCGGAGAAGAGAGCUACGUCCUACCAGAUGCCCUUGGUCCAGUGCGCCUCCUCUUCGCUGAGGGCAGAGGACCUCGCAGAAGACAGCGGAAGCCGCCUGUAUGGCCGAGCCCGUGGGAGGCACACGCAGCCCCUGCCUCUGACUGCACUCGCCUGCCUUGUCACUCUGCUGCACUGGGACAUCCGCAGAUAGACGUUUUAGAAAGUCAUAUUUUUCCAAAGCAGGAUUCCUUACUAUGGACAGAUUUUCUUUACUGAAAUAAAAGACAUUUAUUCUUUUGAUGCACUUGAAUGCCGGAGAACUGUCCUUUUUCUCCUCUCCCUCCCAGCCCCUGAGUCAUGAACAGCUAGGAGUGUUUGAAGUUUCUGCUUUGAACUCCGUCCAGCCUGAUCCCUGGCCUGAGCAACUUCACAACAGUAAUUGCACUUUAAGACAGCCGAGGGUUUUGGACGAGCGUGUUUGGUAGCAGGGAUGAAAGCUGGGGCCUCUUAUUUUUUUCUCUUAAUUAUUAUUAUAUUUCUGAGUUGAACUUAGAAGAAACAACUAUCAAGCUACAACUGUUCCUGCCAUUUUCCUGUGGUUGCAGCCUGACUUCCUUUGAAAUUCUUUUACUUUCUGAGUUAUAUAUGCUGGAAUCUAAAGCAGAAUUGGUUUGGGACUGUGAUCAAGACAACUUUUAUUAAUAAAGAAGAGACACAGGUGUAGAUAUGCAUAUACGAAAAGAUGUACGGUCUGGCUAACCCACCUUCACAGCCUUUAUGCAAACAAAGGGAGAAUCAAAGCUUUCAUUUCAGAAAUGUUGUGUGGAAAAGUAUCUGUAAUUAAAGUUUCAAAGUAAUUUAACCU